UCUCUCCAUUCCCUCUCUAUGCAGUUGUUCAUCAGUGACAUGAGUUCGGUCCUCCUAAGCAAAUAAACAUCGAUUCUGUCAAAGAUUACUGAGAGCUGCUAAUCAACAAACCUGAAUAAUAAAGAAAGAUGGCAGCCGCUGUUGGACUGUUGCUGAUGUUACUUGGAGUCUCUCAAGGUUUGUCAGCUAACUGCGAUGCCAGAAAUGAUGGAGUUCGAUGUAAUGUGACUUUGGGAGAAACUGUGUUUCUACAGCUGAUUGGCAACGCUUCGGGAAUUAGAUUGGAGUUGGCAAAGGAAAAAGUAACAUUACUAAGAUGGAGGCUAAAUGGAACAGUUACAAAUGAAAUAAAAGACAGAUCUGAUUUUAUACCCAAUAAUGGAACAUUCAGGAUUAAUGCCCUGAAACACAGUGACGGUGGUGAAUAUAACCUUACAAUCUUUGAUCCAGAUGGGAAGCGGACAAGAAAUCAGACUUUUCAUUUGUCUGUUCAAGGAAGUUCCUCAUUGAAAAUUGGACUUAUCACUUCAAGUAUUUGCGGCGUUUUUCUUUUCUUCAUCAGUUUACUUGUCGUCUAUGCACGGAGGAAAAAACAAAAAUGCAAAGAAACGGAAGAGCCCACCGAUUUAACCUACGCUGUUGUUACAUCAGUUCAGAAGCCAGUGAGGAGGUCAGUUAAGCAAAAAGUGGAAGAGGAUGUGGAGUACGGCCAGAUCAAGUCUGCAGGCUGAUUUCAGCUCUUUAAAACAGACAUCAUGAACUGAAUAUCAGUUGAAAUAAUGUACAAUGUUCUGAGAACAGACGGAUGAAGAAGCUGGAAUCCCCUUUUAUUGUGAUUUUACAUUAGAAAAACUUACAAACCAUUAAAAAGCUCAUAAUGCAGGAUGUCUGAUGUUGCCACAAAUGUAUUUGGUCAUGGUGAAGUUUAAUUUGUUGAUGCUCUGCAUUGAUGUCACCUAAAAUACAUGAAAAAAGACUAAUUCAAAGCAGUUUUGCUAAUUGAGGAGAUUGUGUAUGUUUGGUUUUAGUUAAGUUCUUGUGGACAAAAUGAUCAAAAAAUAUUUUUAGUCAGUCAAAAUGAAGAUACUAUAGAGUAUUUAUUGUAAACCAAUAUAUACUGUGUUACUGAGAUAUUAUAUUGUAAACUGUUGUCUUUUAUUGUUCAAUAUACAUUCACUUUUUGAACUAAAAAGAAAAGUUCAUACUCAGUUGCACAUCCCUUGCAUCAUAAGUUCAUCAUGUUUCCAUUUCCGAUUACUUCACAGUAUUUAUUUAUUUUUUUUAAAAUCUUGAACAGCGUGUUAUUGCUGUCAUGGCAUUUAAAAUAUUUUUAACACUUUUGGAUAUUUUCUGUGAACCUACAUAUGAUGCUGGUAUUGAACCUGAAUUUCCCCACUGUGGGAAAAUAAAUGCUAUAUUUAUAACA